AGGAGACAUACACGCUGCAACAAGCGCUCCUAGAAACUUUGAAAGGACAAAGAAAGUUUCUCAUCUAUACCUCAUUUGGACACGCAAGAACCUUCUUAUAUGACUUGGAACUGCAAAUAAGAAUAAAUUCUGACUACAACAGAAAAGAAGCAUUUGGAAAAUAACAUGGAGAAGAAACUGCUGUUUGUUCUGGGAAUCUGUAUUCUGGUGAUUCUUUGUUCCAAUACAGGGAGAGCAUCUAUGGAGAAGUCUACGGCAUCACAGUUUUUGGGAAAAAUUGAAAGAAAACGCUCUUUAUAUGAAGAAUGUUAUGUGGAACAAUGUAAUUAUGAGGAAGUUCUGGAGGCUCUUGGAAACCGUAGAGAUGCUAAUAAAUUCUGACUACAACAGAAAAGCAUUUGGAAAAUAACAACAUGGAGAAGAAACUGCUGUUUGUUCUGGGAAUCUGCAUUCUGGUGAUUCUUUGUUCCAAUACAGGGAAAGCGUCUAUGGAGAAGUCUACGGCAUCACAGUUUUUGGGAAAAAUUAAAAGAAAACGCUCUUUACAUGAAGAAUGUUAUGUGGAAAACUGUAAUUAUGAGGAAGUUCUGGAGUCUCUUGGAAACCGUUUAGCUGCUGAUGCUUACUGGAAUCAAAAGAAUGGAAAAUGAAUAUCAUCAAAAGUUUUAUUUUGGUGUCUACAAAUAUGUUGUUUUUUUACUCAAGAAUCAUAUCACAUGUUAAAUGACUUAACUGUAUGCUGGGAUAUGAGAAACAAACUGAAAAUGAAUAAAGAUUAUUUUAAAUUUUUUAA